AUGGAGAUCUCAUGGUUCCCCCCUGGUCCCCUAAUCCCCUGUCGUGCCUGGGUUCGUCCGCCCGAGGUCUUCUUAGCCUUCUUCACUGUGUGGGCUCCUCUGGAUGGAUACACAAGAGAUCAACAGCCGCGCCAUCCCGACGACGAUGAUUUGACAAGUCAGGGUCUUGUUCGAUGGGGUGUUGUUCCCUCGCCUUGCCUUGCGCCUUGUGUGCUUGCGUCGCACGGCAAGGCACGCCAUCACACUCGGACUCAUGAACAUCGCAAUGUAAAAGAAUCGCGGGGAGGCGGCGGUGAAGAUGGUGGCAAUGGCACGGAGGACGGGAUCAACGGAGCCACACCACACCCAGAGCCCACACUAGGCUGGGAUCAUGAGCGAUGGAUAUCUGCCAUCCCCAGGGUUUCCGAAUGGAACCCUCAUUUUACAGCUCCCACUGGUGUUGAGAACUUGAGAACGCGAGGUGCUUGA